UCAGUUUUUCGCUGCGAUUCGUGCGUGCAGCUUGUGUUUGAGCGCUCAAUGUGAUCUCCGUGUGUUUUUAUCCUGAUUUUCAAAAGGAUUUUGCAGUGAGAGUCGACUAAAGUGAAUGUGCGAAUGAUUGCCUAAUUGAAAUAAAAAUAAAUAAAACCAGUAAUCCAGUUUUACUUGUGGCAAAGUUAUCCGUGCUGGUCAUUAGGAUAUACAAGCUUCCCACAGAAGCUUAAUGAAAAAUCGAAAAGGGCUGCAACAAGUGUCGAAGCGUAUAAGCGUGUGUGUGUGUGUUUGUGUGUGCCUGUAAACCAAUACAAAAGUAAUCAAAGUUGAGCGCAUUUAAGCAAAAAGUGCGCAAAGGCAACACGACAGGAAGUCAAUGAAAAUAAACACAUAAAAGCAACUUGCGGUCUACUGAAUUAUGUCAACGACCAUUCAGAGGGAGGAAAUAAUAAUGGAUGCGGUUGAGGCUGUUAAUACGCCGCCGACAGUGGUCAAUGCGAUUGUUCAGACAGUCCAAUCCAUAAUUAGCAGCACAACGGCAAAAGCAACAACCAGUGUAUCAGGCUUGGGCAGCUCUAGCAUCAGCACCGUCGCUGCCAUCACCACCACCAGCGGCACCACUGACACCACAGAAGGAACAAUACCAACAACAUUUUCAACAACAACAACAACAACAACAAUAUCGUCUUCCAGCUUGACGGAGAAGCCCAGCGUGAGCGAUUUAAGCAGCGCACUGCAACAUUUUGGCAUUGUUGAUUAUUUGGUUUUCAUAGCCAUGCUGGUGGUCUGUGCCGUAAUUGGCUUCUACUUUGGCUUCAUCGAGAAAAAGAAGAAACUGGAAAAGGGCCAACUGCCCACCGAUGAAAAAGAUGGCGCCGGCACCGCCGGCAUCGAGGAGCGUCGCGGCUCGGAGGCCUUGGAUUACUUGGUGGGUGGACGCAAAAUGAAAGUGCUUCCGGUUUCGCUAUCCCUGGUCGCUAGUUUCGUUUCGGGCAUAUCAUUGCUGGGAACAUCAACUGAGAUUUAUGUGUAUGGUACUCAAUAUGCGUUCAUAUUGGUUACCCUGGCCAUAUCUGGAAUGAUUUCGUGGUAUAUUUUCCUGCCCGUUUUCUGCAAUCUUCAAUUGACUUCCACAUACGAGUACUUUGAGAGACGUUUCAGCAGGCGAAUGCGUUUAUUUGGGGCCUCGCUCUUCGUGCUCAAGGCGAUCAUUUGGCUGCCCAUCGCUGUGUAUGUGCCGGCGCUGACCUUCAACCAAGUCAGUGGCAUUGGCGUGCAUACCAUAACACCGAUUGUGAUUAUCAUUUGCACCUUCUAUACGACGGUCGGCGGCAUCAAGGGCGUUGUCUGGACAGACGCCGUGCAGAGUGUGAUCAUGUAUGGCUCCCUGGUGGUCAUUAUGAUCAAGGGCACCAUAGACGUCGGCGGAUUCGGUGUGCUCUGGCAGCGCAACUUGGACGGCGGACGCCUCAACAUGCCUGAAUAUAGCCUGGAUCCCACGGUGCGCAUGAGCGUCUUAUCGGUUUUCGUUGGCGGCACUUUUUUCAAGCUGCAGAACACUUCGAUCAAUCAGGCGACCAUUCAACGCUUUAUGUCGCUGCCCUCCCUGAAGCACAUCAAGCAAACGCUGUUCACCUUUAGCAUCGGCUUGACCCUGCUCUACAUGGGCUGCAUCUAUGUGGGUCUGGUGUGCUUUGCCGUGUAUUAUGACUGCGAUCCGAUGGCCACGGGACUGGCUGGACGUCGGGAUCAGCUCGUGCCACUUCUGGUGAUGCGAGUGCUGGGCGUUGUGCCCGGCCUGCCGGGUCUCUUUGUGUCGGCCGUGUUCAGUGCGGCGCUCAGCUCGCUCUCAACGCUACUCAACUCCUUGGCCGCCGUCAUACUCGAAGACUUUGUGAAGCCGCGCAUGAGAAUGAUCAAGAGGCCCAUGACGGAGCGCACUGUAGCCCUGACUAUGCGUCUGGUGGUGGUCGUCUUUGGCAUCAGUUCCAUAUUCAUGGUCUACGUGGUUGAGCAUCUAGGCAUGGUGUUGCAGCUGUCAGCCUCGCUGCAGUCCAGCCUGUACGGUCCCAUGCUGGGCAUCUUCACUGUGGGCAUGCUGAUGCCCUGGGUGGGGGAGAAGAGCAUGUUUCUGAGCAGCAUCGUAUCGUUUGCUAUCAUGGCUUGGAUUGUGGUUAAUGCACAAAUAGACAAUCUCACGGGCUCCUUCCGUCAUACGAAGCUGCCAGUUUCCGUGGAGAACUGCACCUACGAAUUCGACAUGAACCGUUAUCUGAAUUCAACAGCCGAAUUUGAACCACACAGCGGCUCAUCCGUAUACCAUAUAUCAUUCCUGCUGUACACCAUGACUGGGGCUUUACUGAAUAUCAUUAUCUCAAACUUGGCUACUUUCUUAUAUUUCGGACGUCAGGAUGUUAGCUCUGUGGAUCCUCUACUCCUGGCUCCAUUUGUGCAGCGCCAUCUGCUCAAGAAAAACCAGUAUGAGUCUGUACAGCUUAAAAAUAGAGCAACUAUUGUUGAGGGCUCGGAUUAAGGCUUCCUUAAAUCUAUAGCCGAUAUGUAGAUCAAACUUUAAUGGAUUUUAACCCAAAGUUGGAUUUAUAACAAUCUUGGUUUUAUGGAUAAUACAUAUGUAUAUUACUGCAACUUAGAAGCUAAAUGAGGUCUGGCUAACGAGCUAUUUCAAAUUAUUAUAUAUCCAAAUUUACCUCUUUAUUAUUAUGUAUGAAUUAUUUGUUCAUGUAUUCAAAUAUAUGUUAUACCCUAAACCCAGUGAAAGUGAGAUUUCAGCUGAGUUGUGUCGUUAUAAUUACGUCAAUCCACCAGCAUGUCUCACUUUUUGUACGCACCAUUCUCGAAAACCAUAAAAGCGAUUAAGAAUAGUCGUGUAUUUCCUAUGAAUUGGAACAAUGGGAAUCUGUUUUUGGCUGGGUUCAGGGUAUCUGCUAGUCGAGCAGUCUGAA